AUGAACUCCUUAGUCAAAUAUGAAACUGCUCAUCUAACCAGUAUGUCACAUAAUGGCAAUUCAUUGGACACGUCGCCGAAAUCGCACAACAACAAACACAAUUCUUUAUCGUACUCUACUAUAAUUAGUCAACUCAAAUCAAUAACUCAAUCAAUAAAGAAAUUCAAAGUCCACACUAUAUCUGAUAUGUCUGCCGCCGGGUUUCAAUAUACAGGGGAUAGAGAUACAGCUUAUUGUAAGGAUUGCGGACUUGAAGUAUUCAAUUUGACAUCAGAUAUGAAUCCAUUUACUAUUCAUUCUCAACGUCGACCUGAUUGUCCAUUCGUCUGUUCUAUAGUGGCAUCAUCAUCGGCGAAUAUACCAGCUCCUUCGUCUCCUCCUAAAACUACUAUACGAAAUCCAACGACAACCAGUGAACUUGAAAACCCUUCGAAACGUCAAAAAAUUGAACUAAUGGGUUCGGAAUCAAUCUGUACUACUCUACACGAAACUGAUUUAAUCCAACAAGUGCGAAGGCGUUCAUUUUCUCAUUGGCCGCAUCGUACUAUACCAUCCAGUGCGCAAAUGAUUGAAGCUGGAUUUUUUAAUUGCAAUGUUGGUGAUCGAGUCAUUUGUAUAUAUUGUAAUCUCAUUUGUCAACAAUGGACACCCCAUACAGAUGAUCCAUGCGAUGUCCAUAAAACACUUUCACCUCUUUGUAUAUAUGUUAAAUCAAAAUUAAUGCGUCCUGUAGCUUCAUCGAUAAUUAUUGUCAAUGAAAAUUCAACAGUAAAUACUUCAGAUAUCUGUUCAGGAACAACAAGUAAUCUCAGUCGAUUACGAUCAAGUGAUAUUGUAUUUACAGCUUCAUGUAAUCCGACUUAUUCAGAAAUACCAAAACGUCAUGAAUCCUAUGCGACAUGGCCAAGUGACGAUUUACCACCAGUAGAUGGUUUCGUUAGAGCAGGAUUCUUCUAUACAGGUACAAAAACGAUUGUGACCUGCUUUUAUUGCAAUGGGUCAUUACAAAACUGGGGUCCAAAUGAUAAUCCAAUGAUUGAACAUGCUCGUUGGUUUCCACAUUGUGCAUAUGCUCGACAGUUAUGUGGCGGUGAAUUAUAUCGUAAAAUUCAAGAAUCUAAACGAGCACAGCAAGAACGCGUAAGAGCCAACGAAUCAAAAGAUCGAAGUGUCCCUAAUGAUGUACCAAAUACUAAUGCACCAUCACUACCAUCAACAACAAACAGUCGACAAUUAUUAAUAUCAGAUGAAAGUACUUUACCGAGACUUGUUGCUGCUCGAUUAGAUUUACCAAUUUCACAACGGUUAUUAGAUCAAAAUUUUAAAUUAUCUAUAAUAAAACGAUGCUGGGAAGAUCAAUUACGACUAAAACAUGAUGAUUUUCUAUCUCAACUUGAUUUGUACAUGGCUUGCUUAAUUCUUCAGAAACAAAUCGAACAUAUCAACGGUAAAAAAGAGAAUAUUGUGAUACCAAGCAUAAAAAUGAAACAAAUUCGGGAACAAAGUGAAGUUCAUAUACGCGAACAAACAGCACCGGUACCUAAUCCAGCACAAAUUACAGUUACUGAAAUGACAACAUCAUCGGAAUCAUCAACAAAUGAAUCAGCAUCUUCCGAACCUUUUUUUGAAUCCAUAUCGAAAUCGCCAGCGAGUAGUACGCAAAUCGAAACAAAAACAACAGAACAAACAAAUAUUAUCGAGGAUCGAAACCAAUCAACACCAUCUAAUCCGUGUUUGAUAUGUCUGACAGAAGAAAAACAAUUAGCAUGUAUACCUUGUGGCCACAUGACCGCGUGUGUUGCAUGCGGUCAUUCAUUAAGAUCAUGCCCAAUAUGCCGAAGAGAAAUUGAAGCAUUUUUUAGAAUCUACAUUUGA